AAGGCAGGCAGUCAAGAUGGACAGUGCAAAGCGAGCAAAAGUGCAGCUGGAAGGGCACACAGAGGUGCCAGUGGCCCAGUACACUGUUGACGGCAAGGAGGAGCAUGUCAAUGAGCUGAAGGCGGCCUCGCGGGCAUUUCAGGUCCUCACCCGGUUGGACUUUGAGAAGCUGGAGCAGGCUCAGGACGACAGCCACAGCACAACACAGCCAACCAAACUGGCAGACGGGAAUGGAAAAGAAGAGAAAAAGGCAGAAGAGACGGAGGAGACGGAGGAGGAGGCAAGCCACCUGGAGGAAUACGAGCAAGAGGACAAAUCAAACCUGCAACAGAUGCGAGCUCUCGACACAGCAAUCACGGCUGCGAACGAUCAGAUGCAGAUGCUGAUUGCUGUGCUGAACAUGGCACAAAAGACACAGUACCUGGAUAUGGAGCGCGUUGCUGUGCCCAAGCUGGAAUUUAGCCCUGCUGCUCGCCUGCAGUUGAAGCGUCAGCAGAUGCACACGGCAGCAGAGACGCUCCGCGGCGCCAUCACGCGCCUGCACGACACCAUGGCCAGCGAAGUGCAACGGUUCUCCCAGCUCACACAGGCGGCUUCUGCGUUUCGCAUUGUGCGGUCGGAUGGCCGCCUGUUUGCAAGCGUUGCGCCGGGCUCGCGCAUCGUUCGCGCCAGAAACCCAGACCACCAAUGCAGCCUCUCCUUCUCACAACAGCAGCGCCAGCUGCUCGCAGACGUGCCCAUAUCUCUUCGCGCCAACACGGACAUUCGCGUGUACGCGGGACACGUGUCACCAGAUGCCCUCUCUCGCGUGCGCAUCCAGCCACCGUCGUCCCACUGGCUCUCUGCACUGCAGGCUGCACAGCGCCACGCCCACCAGCUGCAGCUCUUCAACAUGCUGCUGCGUGGUGCCGGCGAUGCUGGCGAUGGCAUCACGUGCACCAUGCCUGCGCGCAACGCCAUUUCCCUCACCCUCGGGCCAGGCAUCCAGGUUGUUGUCUGUCUCCAUUUCAGCGACAUUCCCGCCAAGACGCCAGCAGCAGCAUCAAUAGCAGCGACGAACGAAGCACCGUUGUCGUCGCCAGCACCAGCAGCACAGCCUCAGACGCGCGCCAGUGAAGGGAUGGACACAGCCGAAGACAGCGGCGGUCAUGCAAGCGGUCAUGUUGAUACACAGCAACAGGAGGUACCACAGGCGCAUGUACAGGAUCACGCGCAGGAACACAAGCAGCCACCACAGCAGGAUGGAAACGAGACAACGUCACCACCAAUAACAACAUCGACAAACACAGCACCAACACCAUCACUGGAUGAUGCGAACGCUCCCAAGCACCACCACGAGCUCACGCUGUUGCUGAAACAGCUUCACCAGUCGCUCGUGCGCCGCCGCGGGGAGCGGGAGUUGCGGCGCGCGCUGCUGCUGUACAAGACGUCGUUGCCAGUGCACCAUGACCGCCUUCCCUCGCUCGUCAAGUCCUUUGCCGCCAUUGCAGACUGCAAACUCCGCCAACCCCGGAUCACACAGCGGCUCAAGGAGGCUUGCGAGCGGUGGCAGCGCGUGUGCUGUUUCCGCAUUGAGGACCUCGGGCCAGCGUUGCACAAGCACAAAUGGAGCAUCGUCGGCUCCAUCGGAAGCGUCACCAGCUCACUCACGGUCGACUAUGACCACAGCGAGAAGGGUGGAAAAGUUGUGAUCAAGUCCACGCCCAUUGGCCGGCCGACGCAGGACCGUCGAGCCCUCCGCGAACUCACGCGCAGCGACGCAGACCGCGUGAUGUCGAGGUUUGUCCUCAACUGCGUUCUUAACUUCAUCGAGUCAACAAAUGCAGACACGGUGUGUGCCCUUGCCAGCGACGAGCACUUUGAGCAUGGAACCAUUCAUCUCCCCAGCAACAGGGUUGUGCGGUGCGAGCUGCUGCGACAGGCGCGCGAUUUCCGGUUUGUGUGCACACACGGUGCUGGUCCCUUCCACCGGGCACCAGCACACCCACCGACCACCACUCUGAGCGCAGCUAUCACUCAACAGCAGCAGCAGCAAGGUGAAUACGAUGCGCGCGUUGUCGCGCAUGCCAUCAGUCACGUGCUCGCACAGACAGCCCCAAGCAACAACGACAACAAUCACACCCGCAACAGCACCAACAACACCGUCGACGCUGCCGCCGCCACGGCUGCAGCGCUCGGCUCUUCUGCUCUGACAACCACCACCCCACCGCCACCGUCAUCAACCUGACAGGUACAUGUGUGUGUGUGUGUGUGUGUGUUUGUUUGUUUGUUUGUUAACCAUCCUCCCCCCCCCCCUCUCUUCCCGU